AUGGAGAGCUGCUGCUUCACAACUCGUCUCUCCACUGUCGCUUCAACACCACUCAGCCCCAGUGCAACCUGCUCGGCCUGCCAGUCCUUGUCAGCUCGGACCCCUGCUGUCCACAAUGGCAGUCGCUGCACCGUGAUGUCAGACCUCCGUGUGAUCACCUUUGAUGGGAAUAAUGUCGCCUUGUAUGAUAAUGGCUCCUAUAUACUUGUGAAAUUACCACGAGAGACUAUCAUUGGUACAGUGGAAAAAUGUCCAACGAGUCAGAGUGUCAACUCCAUCAGACGUUAUGGUCCUAUGGGUGCAUCUGGGUUAUGUUUCAAGAAGCUGAAUAUCACCACUUCAUCUUAUAGGAUUAUUAUCCACAGAUUAGAUCGAAAGGUGAUUGUAAACUAUCGGCCGGUGAGGCUCCCAUUUUCUCGACACUCUCUGUAUGUGGAGGACACCGGCAGCAUGUACCUGCUCCAUACACCAGGAGGGAUCAGCAUCCAGUGGUACCACAGUACUGGCAUCAUGGUGCUACAGUACAUGUCUCCCACUAAUGGUUCGGUGCCCACCCGAGGCCUGUGUGGUUGUUGUGAUGGACACCCAGAGGAUGAUCUAAAGCUUCCAAACGGCACAGUGGUUAGAGAAGUGAGCGACAUGCUGGUGUUCCUGCACGCGUGGAGAGUUCCGACCACAGAUGAGACUGAACACACCCGCAGGGUUGGAGACAACUGCACCAUUGGGGACUGCUCCAACUGCAUCUCUAUGCUGCAGCAGAGAACCUUUGUGCCCUGCCACAGCAAGGUUCCUCCGGAGCAGUUCUGUGAUAUCAUAUGGGCCGGAGAUUUGCACUACAAGAAUCACCAGUGUGACUUUUUGGCGGCAUAUGUGGCAGUCUGCUACACUCAUCAAGUGUGCAUCAACUGGAGGAGACCUAACUUUUGCCCUCUACGGUGUCCCCCUGGAAAAGAGUACCAGCCUUGUGUGAGCACAUGCACCAGUCGCACUUGUCUGAAUAAGGACUAUUACGAGGAGACCACCUGCUCUUUUAUCCGAGAGGAAUGUGUGUGCCGACCUGGGACCAUCCUCCAUCGAGCAGAUUCACCCUUCUGUGUCACCGAGGAUCGCUGUGUGUGCACAGAUAAUGAGGGAAACCCGCGUGCCCCUGGUGAAGUGUGGAACGGCUCUGCGCGAGGGUGCUGUCUCUACAAGUGCAUGGAGAACGGCUCUGUGGUCUCUGUUGAGCCAGACUGUGAUACUGUCUCCACUCCUCUUUGUGAGAGAGAGGGGGAGUAUGUGCUGGACGUGCUGGAGGAGGGAGCCUGCUGCCCUAAGAAAAUCUGUGAAUGCAACAUGACCAUUUGUGACAACGAAGCAGCCCCCUGUAACAACGGAAACCGACUGGUGAUUGGCUACAGUUCCAUGUCAUGCUGCCCAGAGUACAGAUGUGAGUGUGACCCGAUGGCCUGUCCUCCUGUGUCCUCCCCUGAAUGCAGGGAGGAUCAGUUCCUGGUGGAGGGAGAGGUGGUGGUGGAACUUCCUGAAGACAAUGGAGACUGUGACUGCCCUCAACACACAUGUCGAAAAGCCGACGUGUGCUUGUUCCAAGGGGUGACUGUCCUGGGGCCCGGGCAGUCCUUAGUGCAAUAUUUUGAAGGAGAGAUGUGCUACACUGUGCACUGUCUGCACAGGAAGGACCCAGACACAGGCUUCUAUGCCAUGGAGAUCAGCUCCGUCAACUGUUCUCAGAAAUGUGGACCACAUCAGAUCUACGUUACAUCCACAGAUCCUCAAGUGUGCUGCGGUUCUUGUAAAAACAUCUCUUGCACUUUCACCAAUGAAAACGGGACCACAGAGCUUUUUGCUGCAGGGAGUUCAUGGGUUGAGAACUGUACACGCUUCGACUGCAUGGAAACAAGCGUGGGAGCAGUGGUCCUCGCCUCUGGGGUCAUAUGUCCUCCAUUCAAUGACACCGAAUGUGUUCAGAACGGCGGUGUGGUUCAAAGCUAUGUGGAUGGAUGCUGCAGGACAUGUUCUGGAGUGGGUGUUUUACCAUUUACCGUUAACCCAGUCACUCCCACUGGUAGUACUAACUGUGACACAGGUAAAGAAGAUGGCAAAACAUGCAAACGCGUGGCCAUAAGAACCACCAUAAGAAAAGAUGACUGCAGGAGCAAUGCGCCUGUAACGGUCUAUUCCUGUGACGGGAAAUGCCCCUCCGCUACCAUAUUCAACUUCAAUAUCAACAGUCAUGCUCGCUUCUGUAAAUGCUGUCGGGAGAGCGCUCUACAAACGCGCUCAGUCACACUGUUCUGCUCCCGGAACGCCACGGUGGUAGAGUACAGCUUCCAAGAGCCUUUAGACUGCUCCUGUCAGUGGAACUAA